CCCUACCCGCACCCCAGCCCAUUGUUCUCUUAUCAAUUAAUACUGCUUCAUGUCUUCUUUUCUGCACCAUAAUUUUCCACUAUCUGAAACUCUUUCCUCAGCCCUUUUUUUUCUGAGUUUCAAUUUAGAAACAUGUUUCAGGUCUCAACCCUGGCAUUUUGAAAGUUUUCAUGAAUGAGGGAAAGGAAGAAAGGCCCUGAAAGCUUGAAGGAUCUUUCAUAGCCUCGGGAAAUGGCGUAUGGAUGGAUGAAGGCACUACAAUGCAAGUCAAGAGCCGCAGAUGACGUCCACCACCACCGCCGCCGCCGCCACCAAAAGGAUUAUGACCACCACUCAAACCCUAAAAACCACCAAUAUCACCACCUCGUGUUAUUAAACUCCGUCAACUGCAGAAACAGCGUUCAAAAUCUCAGAGACAGAGUUGAAAAUGAAAUCACCAAACACAAAAAACCAAAGCAGCCAAAACAACCACAAACUCCGCCGUCGAAAGGACCCGUUGCUAGAAAAUCCGACGCCGGUACAAAACAGUUCAUCAACAAAACAUCCCACGGUAUCAUCUCCAAUUCCGGCUGGCUGUUACGUGCCACGGAUUUAUACUUUCCGGCAAUCACUGAGCUCCAGGAAGGCCACCCUUCACGUAAUGUGGUGGAGAUAAUCUUUCAUACAAGCUGGGGACCCAAAAAUUUUCCGGGUCGGAUCGAAAUGGUGUUCAAGGUCCAGAAUUUGGCCAGGACCGUGACCCGGUUUGAAGAAUACAGGGAGGUAGUGAAAUGUAGGGCGAGGUCACGUAGUUCCGCCUCCGUGAACGGCAGCCCUGAAGACCACGCACGGUGCGUGGCCGAUGGAAAUGAGGUGAUGAGGUUCCACUGCCUGCGAGGCUCAAGCACUACAACAGGAGCUUAUGACGGUGGAAGCGGCGGCGCGUGUGCAUUUCAUGGAGAGCAAAAGAGUGCUAUAUGUACAUUUUCCGAGACCGGUAGCGCACACGAAAGUGCAGGUGGUGGCAGGGGGGGGAAGGCCAUGUUGGUUUGCCGGGUUAUAGCGGGUCGGGUAUGCAAGCAAUUGAAGUUUGACUCGUUGCUUGAAGGCAGAGUUGAGUAUGACUCGAUGAGUGGAGAGAAUGGCGAGUUCAUAGUAUUUGAUUCUCGUGCAUUAUUGCCAUGUUUCCUUGUCAUCUACAAAUUGUAAAACCUUACUGGAAAUAAGUAAAAUUUUCUUUCAUUUA